UUUUACGACGGAAGUGGGAAGUAGGAAGAGCUGUACAGCUGUGCUCCGUGGCUAAUAGAGAAGCUAACAGGCUAACCUCAGCGGUGAAAAAAUAUCUGAGUCCGUUGAUUAAACAGGACUCCUCGACGGCUGCUUCAAGACAUUGAAUCUAACAUGGGGAAAGGUGGAGGUACAUUUGAGAGGCUUCUGGAUAAAGCCACCAGUCAGCUGCUGCUAGAAACUGACUGGGAAUCCAUUCUGCAAAUCUGUGAUCUCAUUCGACAAGGAGAUGCCCAAGCUAAAUAUGCCAUUGGGGCCAUUAAGAAGAAGUUGAAUGACAAAAAUCCGCAUGUGGCCCUUUACGCGCUUGAGGUCCUUGAGUCCGUGGUGAAGAAUUGUGGACAGACAGUCCACGAUGAGGUGGCAAGUAAACAAACUAUGGAGGAACUGAAGGAUUUACUCAAGAAACAGACAGAACCAAACGUCAGAAACAAGAUCCUGUACCUGAUACAGGCCUGGGCUCAUGCCUUCCGCAACGAGCCCAAAUAUAAAGUGGUUCAAGACACCUAUCAGAUUAUGAAAGUGGAAGGUCAUGUGUUCCCUGAGUUUAAGGAGAGUGAUGCGAUGUUUGCAGCUGAGAGAGCUCCAGACUGGGUAGAUGCUGAGGAAUGCCACCGGUGCAGAGUCCAGUUUGGGGUUAUGACAAGAAAGCACCAUUGUCGAGCCUGUGGCCAGAUUUUCUGUGGAAAGUGUUCGUCUAAAUACUCCACCAUUCCAAAGUUUGGCAUAGAGAAGGAAGUGCGCGUGUGUGAGCCGUGCUUUGAGCUGCUUAACAACCACCCCUCCCUCUCUCCUCCCCUUAGGAAAGCAGAGAGUAAAACUUCCUCUUCUGGCGCUGCUGAGCUCCCUCCUGAGUACUUGACCAGCCCGUUGUCCCAACAGUCGCAGAUGCCCCCCAAGAGAGAUGAGGCUGCAUUGCAGGAGGAGGAGGAGCUGCAGCUGGCCAUUGCCCUUUCUCAAAGUGAGGCAGAGGAAAAGGAGCGGAUGAGGCAGAAGAACUCGUAUUCAAUGUAUCCCAAAGCUGACCCUACUCCCGUGACAUCCUCAGCACCACCAGUCAGCACCCUCUACACUUCUCCUGUGAACUCCUCUGCUCCAUCAGCUGAAGAUGUAGACCCUGAGCUGGCCCGUUACCUGAACAGAACCUACUGGGAGAAGAAACAGGAAGAGGCUCGCAAGAGUCCCACCCCCUCAGCCCCUGCCCCUGUGCCACUAGCUGAGCCCCUUCCGGCAAUCAGUCAGCCUGUAGAAAGUCAUGUUCCUGUCCAGCCAGUCAGCAUAGUGGAGCAGCAGUACCAGAAUGGAGAGUCAGAGGAAAACCACGAGCAGUUUCUGAAGGCUCUGCAAAAUGCUGUCACCACCUUCCUUAACCGCAUGAAGAGCAACCACAUGCGUGGGCGCAGCAUCACCAACGACAGUGCUGUGCUCUCACUCUUCCAGUCCAUCAACAACAUGCACCCGCAGCUGCUUGACAUCCUCAACCAGCUUGAUGAAAAGCGAUUGUAUUACGAGGGGCUGCAGGACAAGUUGGCUCAAGUGCGCGAUGCUCGGGCAGCCCUCAACGCCCUUCGAGAUGAGCACAGAGAGAAGCUGCGUCGUGCCGCGGAGGAAGCAGAGAGACAGAGGCAGAUCCAGCUGGCGCAAAAACUGGAGAUCAUGAGGCAGAAGAAACAGGAGUACCUGGAGAUGCAAAGACAGCUAGCCAUCCAGCGCCUCCAGGAGCAGGAGAAGGAGAGGCAGAUGCGUCUGGAGCAGCAAAAGCACACGAUCCAGAUGAGAGCCCAAAUGCCUGCUUUCUCUCUGCCCUAUGCCCAGAUGCAAUCUUUGCCCCCCAAUGUGGCAGGAGGGGUGGUGUACCAGCCUGGUGCUCCACCCAGCUACCCAGGCACCUUCAGCCCUGCUGGUUCUGUGGAGGGUUCACCUAUGCACAACAUUUAUCUGAACCAGCCUGGACAGACCGCACCACCACAAUACCAGGCCAUGCCUGGUGCUGCCACAGAUCCAAAUAUGGUCAAUGCAUACAUGUACCAGGCUGCAGGCACCAAUGGGCAGCCUGCUCCUCCUCCGGGUCAGGCUCCGCCCACGACUAGUCCACCCUACUCCAACUAUCAGCCCACACCCACACAGGGCUACCAGAAUGCGGUCUCUCAGGCCCAGAGUAUGCCCCCUAUGUCCCAGGCUGCCCCCACUAACGGUAUGGGUUACAUGGGCUACCAGCCAUACAGCAUGCAGAACAUGAUUUCAGCAUUGCCAGGACAGGACCCCAAUAUGCCCCCUCAACAGCCCUACAUGCCAGGCCAGCAGCCCAUGUACCAACAGGUGCCUCCUCCUGGUGGCCCGCAGCAGCAGCAGCAACCACAACAGCAGCAGGCUCCUCAGGCUGUGCCCGGCAGCGCAGAGGCACAGCUCAUCUCAUUCGACUGAAAGGCCACGCUGCAGGGUCUGACACACUACAUCCUUUCCUCCUCUCUUUGGUCUUUCCUCUCACUCUCUGGACUCUGAGUAUGCCCUCUGGAAACACACACAGACGCACCUCCCACCUUCCAUCUCGCUGUGAUGUUGUGGCAAUGUAAAAUAUUGUGAUGAUGUUGCAGAAUUGUUCUCUCCUUGCCUCUUGUCCACUGACGUAUCGGAAUGUGGGAUAAAGUUGCAGGAGAGGGCUCCAUAACCCAGACCAUCUGACCCUGCUCUGUCCUCUUUCCUGCUGAUAUGUAUGUAGAAUUUCCUUAUUAAAUGAAUAAUGGAAGCUCAGAAAUAGUGAGUGGUAUUAAAGUUAAAAAUUAAAAAACUAUGAUAACAGUUGAGGAGAAAAAAGACAAGACAUAACCAUUCUUUGUCCUCAUAUUUUUCUAAAGAAAAACUUGCGUGUUAAAUUUUAAUUAUUUUCCAUAAAUGGAAGUGAAUUAUUGCAACCUGUCAUCUGUAUGUGCAGUUUAAGAAAUUUGGGGUUUGAAAACAAAAGAGUUAUGUCUAGGGACAGAAAACACAGUCAAAGGCCUGAAAUAAAUGCCACUAACUCAUAUCUCCAUCAGGUUGACAACUUGCCAUUUCAGUUGUAGAUUUCAGUUCCAUCCUCUUAUGCACACACAAGCAAGGGUCGCCAUAUCUUGUUUUGGCAUUUAUGUGUUGUGCACUGCUUGAAAUACUGUGUCUUUAAUGUAGUUUCUUAAAUGACAAAAACACAUUGCAGGGAUUGUACAUUGUGUGGGGAGGGUGUUAGAAAAUUAGAUGGGUGGUUAUUAAAUCCUCAUUUAAUAUACUUUAAUAGAUUAAAUCAUUGAAAUUAAACAACUAGUAACCUUAACAUGUACAUACUAAAGCAGUCCAGCAACUCUAAUAUUAUCCUGCACCUCUUUAUUAAAAUGAUUGUGUUGGCAAUCAUCAAAAAAACAGUACUGACACAAGCAUAGACACCUUAAUCUGUAAUUAACUGCAAAUGGCCUCCAGACACCCCAGCCUGUGUGCAUUUGGUUGUAACGGUCACAAAUAAAGAUCUAUACAUAUUAAGUACAGGUUGGCAGUCUGUUCUCAAGUGUACUUGGCUCUCACGAGAUGUGGAAAUGCUUGCAGAGCGAACAUGAUGCACCGCAUGUAUGUGUCACGCACCCAGUGAUUUCUGUAACCCUUCAGUUGCUAUCUGUGAACUUCUUUAUUCCAUCAUACUGAUCUGUCUGACUUUAAAGUAAUUUUGAAAUUAUAUUUAAUAAAUAUCUGGUUCUUACUGUC